CAUGUCUUGAUCGGAGCAAAAAGAGGCUGUGGCUCUUGCAAGACAUUUUCCGCUUGGAGCCAUGCAGAUUCCUGCAGAAUUUAAGUGCUGCGUUUGCCUCUCAGUGCCAGAAGUUCCGAUCAAGUCUGACUGUACUCAUCAUCUAUGCAAGCCUUGCGCACUCCGAGGGUCGCUCGAAAAUUGCCCUGUUUGCAGCCAGAAGCUGGGGCAGGAAACCGAUGAAGCCUUUGCCGCAGAACUGGCGAAGAAGACCUUGCGAUGCACGGCAUGUGAGCAAGACAUACCGCUGUUGGACGCAGAGAGCCAUGGCUGUGGACGGCUCAAGAAAUGCCCCAGGGUCGUGGAAGCUUUUGCUGAAGGGCCAAAGGGCCCCCAGGGGCCUCCUGUGACCAACAGAUCCACCUUCAAGUGCCCGUGGUGUCCAGAAGCGAAUCUCAGUGCCCAAUCCUUGCUGGAGCACUGCAAGACCCACAAGGGCCCCGGCUGUCCUGUCUCUGCGGUGUGUCCCAUUUGUGCGUCGAUGCCGUGGGGAGAUCCAAACUAUGUCUCCCGUGAAUUCUUGUCACACCUGGAAUUGAGACAUCGCUGUGAUUACGCUGUCUUAACAGACUUCGAAGCAGAUGAGGAGGACAUGCUGCGAAAGGCUCUUGAGGCCUCUUGUCAAGACGCCGGUGUGGCGGUUGACUAUGAGGAUGAGCUGCAGAGAGCACUGGAGGAAUCUGCCAGGGAAGCUGGACAUUUGCGCAUGAGCUUUGCACCUAAUGACCCAGAAAGUGAUGAGUCAGCUGAAAGUGAUGAUGAGUCCUGAGCCCUAAAAACACCUGCCGAAAGUGGAAGAAAUUGUACAGAACUACUUCCAGCCGAUCAGCGACUG